UUUCAACUGCAGUAGUUGCUUGGCGCUUCACCGGCGGCACCGGCGGCAGCGAAUAUGGUAGAGAAGGGAAACAAAGGGAGGAAGGAGGAGGUGGUGACAAGGGAGUACACAAUCAACCUCCACAAGCGUUUACAUGGAUGCACCUUCAAGAAGAUGGCACCAAAGGCAAUUAAGGAGAUCAGAAAGUUUGCUCAGAAAACCAUGGGUACCACUGAUAUCAGAGUCGAUGUGAAGCUCAACAAGCACAUUUGGAGCAGGGGCAUUCGGAGCGUGCCAAGGCGAGUAAGAGUGAGGAUUGCUCGGAAGAGGAAUGACGAGGAAGAUGCCAAGGAAGAGCUCUACUCGUUGGUCACAGUGGCUGAGAUUCCGCCUGAAGGAUUAAAGGGAUUAGGCACCAAGGUGGUGGAUGAAGCAGACUAAUUUGCUUCAUCUUGGUGUAGUACAACUUUUAGCCAAUUUUUUAUGCCCCAUUCGAUCUCCGGAAGACAAGAAGUUGGUGUUUGAGAAUCCAGUUUUGACUUGAAACAUUGUUCAUUUCUUCUAUCCUCUGUUUGUAUCCUCAAUUUUGUUGCUGGUGCAAGAUGCAAUCCAAGAGGAGAUUUCUUCAGGCAAUUCUCAUUCUCCUUGGAUGAAGCAGAGAGGAUCUAUUGGCCGCGAACAUUCCUUCUUAACUUGGUAUCUCUGUUUGGUGGUCAAUGAGGCAAUUGCGAACCCUUCCUUGGAGCCAAAGGAUUGGGUUUGCAUUGUGAAGUCUCGGGUGGUGCCACAACUCGUUGAAGUACUUCAGAGCGGCCACCUGAAAGCCUGUGGUCAUGCCUCCGACACAUUCUUCAGCCUUGCUUUGAGGUGGAAAGCAUAUUGGUGAACUUGGAGUAGCGAUUGAGGCAUCUGCAUCUGAAAAGGUUUUGGUGGUCCUCUGAAUUCUUAGUAUCUCUGUUUUCCCUUAGAAUUCUCUCGCUAGAAACACAAAUUUUCUUCUAUUCAACAUUGCAGCCAACAUUGGAUUAAAUA